UACCAAUUCAACGAAUUCAGCUUAUCUAAACAUACACAUACUUCAACCACCACCACCACCACCUCUACGUAUCUCUUGAAAAGACAUCCAACCAGACAAAAUGGCAUCCAACUCGAACCGCCUUCCCCAGGCCACCCGCGGAGGCGCCUCCGCUGAACCCACUCCGGCCAACAACGCCGGCGGCGGCAGCGGCUGGGGCGACUCCGGCCAUCCUAAGGGAGGAAUUUCGAACGACAUCCUCACCACCCCCGAACUCUCCUCAAUCACCGACCAAAAGACCCGCGCCGAGAACAAGUUCCUGGGCCGCUUCGACGAGGGCCAGGGCAUGCAGGAGGGCACCUGCGCGACCGAGGACCACAGCUUCAUGGAGCGGAAGCCUGGUGGCUCGGGGGCGUUGCCGGGGUGGGAGACGAUGAAGGAUAAAUUGGGAUUGUAAGUUCCCCUCCCCUCCUUUUUUUCUCUCCCAGGAGUGUGAACUGGGGGUGGAGAGAGGGUUUGGGGGUGGUUUUUUUUGUCU